AUGGCGCCCUCAUUCAUGACCAUUGACACCAACGACACGGACAUGGACUUCUCACCGUCCAAGCCCGUGCAAUCCAAGCGCACCCUCCUCCUCGCUCCCCCCUCCAUAGCCACCCAAGAGGACAAACUCCGCGGUCUCUUCACAACUUUCGACCGCUCAAUCACAGACCUCCAAAUGCUCGACCGUCUCUCCGCCGGCUUUGUUUCUCUCCCCGCAUCCACCUACGACCUCGUCCUCAUCCUCACCGACUCAGACGGCGCAAGGCGCUCCGAGGCCCUCAAGCUUCUCACCAGGGAUGUCUACACAACUCUCGUCCCCUCAAUGAAGGCAGGCGCCAAGCUUCAAACUCAGGAUUCCGCUCUCACUGCCUCCGAGUCUAUGGAGGCUAUUUUGGCCGGACUCGUGCAGUCCGAUACCGGCUUCGAGAAGCCAAACUUCGAGCCCACUGCGGCUGUCCCUCUUAAAUUCGGCCUGAAGAAGAAGAAUAAGCCUGCUCAGGCCCCUGUUACAGCCAUUCCUACCGGAUUCGCUGCACCGGGAAUUACUAGUGCAACGAAUCACGACCGCGAGGAUGAGGACGAGCUCAUUAAUGAAGAUACACUCCUUAACGAGGAGGAUUUAACGAGACCCAUAAUGCCUCCCCCAGAGUGCCAACCCAAGACCGGACGCCGUCGACGCGCCUGCAAGGACUGUACAUGUGGUCUCGCUGACCGAUUGGAAGCGGAAGACAAGGAGCGCCGGGCGAACGCCGAUAAAGAAUUGAACGUCAUGAAGCUGGACACGGGCGAUCUAGCCGAGUUGGACUUCACCGUCGAGGGUAAGACAGGUUCCUGCGGAAGCUGUGCUCUCGGCGAUGCUUUCCGCUGUGACGGAUGUCCUUACAUGGGUCUUCCUGCGUUCAAGCCUGGUCAGGAAGUCCAGAUUUUGAACGAUGUCGCGCAAUUCUGA